CGCGGGGAGCGGGGAGCCGGGAGCGGGGAGCGCGGGCGGCGGCGGAGCGCGCGGGACGCUCUAGGACCCAGCAGCGGCUGUCGGCUUCGGGGCUGGAGGUGAAGCCCUGGCGUUUCUCUCCUUCCUGUGUGAAUGGGGCUGACUGUCGGGCGCCGCUUCCCCGCGCUGCCCCACGCCAUGCCCUGCACGCUGCCCGGCGGCCGCCUUCCCCAGCCGCGCCACUGAGCUAGCCAUGGUCGCCUCAUGUGGAGGGCAAAGUUGCGCCGGGGAACUUGUGAGUCUGCCGUGAAAGGACCCUCUCCUGUUUGUUACCGCUCCGGUAGUCCCACCCCGAUUCUAGAAGACCCCAACUACUUUUUCCCAGAUUUCCAGCUCUAUUCUGGGAGGCGCGAGGCAUCUGCUUUGACGGUGGAGGCAAAAGGUGGCAUCAGGGAAGAAGUUGUUGAGGAUCCUCUGUGCAACUUCCACUCCCCAAACUUCCUGAGGAUCUCAGAGGUGGAAAUGAGAGGUUCCGAGGAUGCGGCAGCUGGAACAGUGUUGCAGCGGCUGAUCCAGGAACAACUGCGGUAUGGUACCCCGACCGAGAACAUGAACUUGCUGGCCAUUCAGCACCAGGCCACAGGGAGUGCAGGACCAGCCCACCCUCCAAACAACUUUUCUUCCACGGAAAACCUCACCCAAGAAGACCCACAAAUGGUCUACCAGUCGGCACGCCAGGAACCGCAGGGUCAAGAACACCAGGUGGACAACACGGUGAUGGAGAAGCAGGUGCGGCCCACACAGCCUCAGCAGAACAAUGAGGAGCUGCCCACUUACGAGGAGGCCAAGGCCCAGUCCCAGUUCUUCAGAGGGCAGCAGCAGCAGCAGCAGCAGCAGCAGCAGCAGCAGGGGGCUAUCGGCCAUGGCUACUACAUGGCUGGGGGCACCAGUCAGAAGGCCCGGACUGAGGGGAGGCCCACGGUGAACCGCGCCAACAGCGGGCAGGCACAUAAGGACGAGGCGCUCAAAGAGCUUAAGCAGGGCCACGUCCGCUCACUCAGUGAGAGAAUCAUGCAGCUGUCCCUGGAGAGGACCGGAGCUAAGCAGCACCUCCCUGGCUCAGGGAGCGGAAAAGGGUUCAAGGCGGGAGGGGGCCCCUCCCCCGCCCAGCCCGCAGGCAAAGCGCUGGACCCCCGGGGUCCUCCACCUGAGUACCCCUACAAGACCAAGCAGAUGAUGUCCCCGGUCAGCAAGACCCAGGAGCAUGGACUUUUCUACAGUGACCAGCACCCAGGGAUGCUCCACGAGAUGGUCAAGCCAUACCCUGCUCCUCAGCCUGCGAGAACAGAGGUGGCCGUGCUGAGGUACCAGCCGCCCCCGGAGUACGGGGUCACGAGCCGCCCCUGCCAGCUCCCUUUCCCGUCGACAGUGCAGCCGCACAGCCCGAUGUCCUCCCAGAACCCCUCCGCCGGCGGGCCGCUGCACUCCGUGUCCGUGCCGCUCGCGCUGCCCAUGACCCUGGCGGCCCCGCAGCCCCCGCCCGCCGCCUCCCCCAGCCAGCAGCUCGGGCCGGACGCGUUCGCCAUCGUGGAGCGAGCCCAGCAGAUGGUGGAGAUCCUGACCGAGGAGAACCGCGUGCUGCACCAGGAGCUUCAGGGUUACUACGACAAUGCCGACAAGCUCCAUAAGUUUGAAAAAGAGCUUCAGAGGAUUUCAGAAGCCUAUGAGAGCCUGGUCAAGUCUACUACCAAGCGAGAAUCGCUGGACAAGGCGAUGAGAAACAAACUGGAAGGCGAGAUCCGAAGACUUCAUGAUUUCAACAGAGACCUGCGAGAUCGACUGGAGACCGCCAACAGGCAACUGUCCAGCAGGGACUACGACGGGCACGAAGACAGAGCCGCAGAGGGGCUUUAUGCUUCCCAGAACAAAGAAUUCUUGAAGGAGAAGGAGAAGUUGGAAAUGGAGUUAGCAGCAGUGCGGACCGCGAGUGAGGACCACCGGAGACACAUCGAGAUCCUGGACCAGGCUCUGAGCAACGCCCAGGCCAGGGUCAUCAAGCUGGAGGAGGAGCUACGAGAGAAGCAAGCCUAUGUGGAGAAGGUUGAGAAGCUCCAGCAGGCCCUGAGCCAGCUGCAGUCUGCGUGUGAGAAGCGAGAGCAGAUGGAGCGGAGACUGCGGACCUGGCUGGAGAGAGAGCUGGAUGCGCUGAGAACGCAGCAGAAACAUGGGAACGGCCAGCCAGCCAGCGUGCCGGAGUAUAAUGCCCCAGCCCUCAUGGAACUUGUGAGGGAGAAGGAGGAGCGGAUCCUGGCCCUGGAGGCCGACAUGACCAAGUGGGAACAGAAGUAUCUGGAGGAGAGUACCAUCCGCCACUUCGCCAUGAAUGCCGUCGCCACUGCCGCGGCUGAGAGGGACACCACGAUCAUCAACCACUCGAGGAACGGCAGCUACGGCGAGAGCUCGCUGGAGGUGCACAUCUGGCAGGAGGAGGAGGACGUGGCACAGGCCACCAGGAGGUGUCAGGACAUGGAGUACACUAUUAAAAAUCUCCACGCCAAAAUCAUAGAGAAGGACGCCAUGAUUAAGGUCCUUCAGCAGCGAUCCCGUAAAGAUGCCGGGAAGACGGACUCCUCCAGCCUGCGGCCUGCCCGCUCCGUGCCGUCCAUUGCUGCGGCCACCGGGAUACACUCCCGCCAGACUUCCCUCACCAGCGGCCAGUUGGCCGAGGAGAAGAAGGAGGAGAAGACCUGGAAGGGGAGCAUAGGGUUGCUGCUGGGGAAGGACCACCCUGAGCACACUUCAACGGCCUCCACCGCAGCGCUGUCCCCCGCAGCCUCCACCGCCUCGGCCAGCAGCGCCCACGCUAAGACAGGCAGCAAGGACAGCAGCACCCAGACGGACAAGAGCGCCGAACUCUUCUGGCCCAGCAUGGCCUCUCUGCCCAACCGUGGCAGGCUGAGCGUCACCCCUUCCAACAGCCCGGUCCUGAAACACCCGGUGGCCAAAGGACCUGCAGAGAAACCAGAGAACCCUCCUGGCCACGGGAAGUCCCCCGACCACAAAGGCCGCGUCAGCAGCUUGCUCCACAAGCCCGAGUUCCCUGACGGAGAGAUGAUGGAAGUCCUCAUCUAACACUGGCGUCCCUGCGGAAUUCUGUAGUGGGACCUUGACGAAUGAGGAACGUGGCCGAGAGGGAGGAGACAGAUCAAGAAAGUUGUGGAUGGGAAACCAGGAAUGAUUUGAACUGAUAAAGAUUUUAAAUUUAGUGAGGACACUUUUUAUAAAUGUUAAAAAAAAAAAAUUCAGAAGACCUACGUGAAGACACUCGUAUGGAUUUGUAUUGCCUAUGGUGGAAGAGAGAAGACACGUGUAGGUCUGGAAACAAGGAAGUCACAGGAAGUGGGAUUUUCAUUGUAUAGAAAAUGUAUCUCUGGGGGGGGGGGGUCUGUGUUCACCUGCUCUUUGGUUAUAAACAUAUAAACCUGAACGUGGAUCUUCCUUGAAACAGCCCCA